AUGGCCACAUACAAGCUCGCUGUACUCUUGGCUACGGCCCUUACUGCUUCUGCGGCAGCCGUUGAGAAGCGUGCUGCUUGCAGUAGCUACACUCUCAUCGACACUCGUGGCACCGGCGAAGCUCAGGGUCCAUCAGCUGGAUUCCGUACCAUGAACUCCAAUAUCAUGAGCCAGGUCUCGGGAGGCAAGGAGUACGAUACUGUGUACCCAGCGGGCUCCAACCAGGACUCCAGCGCCGGAACACAAGAUAUCAUCAACCACAUCCAGCAGACUCUCGCCACUAACCCGAACGAAUGCUUUAUCCUUGAGGGAUACUCGCAGGGUGCUGCGGCGACUGUGGACGCCCUUCCGAAGCUGACUGGCGCAUCUUUCGACGCUGUUAAAGGCGUCUUCCUCAUUGGCGACCCAGAACAUAGGUCUGGCCUGACUUGCAAUGUUGACAACUCCGGCGGUACCACGACCAGGAACGUCAACGGCCUCGAGGUCUCGUACACCGCCGGCGUGCCCAGUAAUUGGGUCUCCAAGACGUUGGAUGUGUGUAUCUACGGCGAUGGUGUUUGCGACACGACUCAUGGGUACGGAAUCAACCUGCAGCAUCUGCAGUACCCCGGCGAUUCGAACACGCAGAAUCUUGGAACAAAGUUCGUGGUCGGCAAGUUGCAGGGUACAUCAUAG